CUGGGUGACGGCGUCCAGCAGGGCGUACUCGAGCGAGGUCUGCGCAGGCAGCAGGCCCGAGAGGCUCGCACUGCGCGCUGCGGGGGCCGCCAUGUUGGGCGAGCAGCCGAGGGCUCCGGGAUCGAGGGCGCGGCUCGGACCGACGCGCCGCCGCCCUCCCGCCUCGGAGCGGUGCCCGGCCGGCCCGGAUCUGCGCCACCCAAGUUUCUGUCUACCCUAAGCCUUCGUUCUGACGCCAGGGGCCAAAGGGCCGUGCUUCCCCAGCGCGUAACCAAACUCCAGCGCGGCCCUCCCCGCCCCUUCCAGGUCCCGGGCCGCCGCCGCCGCGAAGCCUGGACGUUCGGAGCGCCAGAUUCGACACGAGAAAGGCCGCCCAGGUCGCGCCCUAGAGGGGUUGGGGAACCCAUUGCCUUGUAAGCCCGGCAGGGUUUCCAACAUAAAUAAAAUCCAAAUUUAAAAGACCCGACUUGAGAAAAACAAAACAAAACAAAACAAAAGAACCUCCUCAGUUGUUCCACUGUUACACCGCGAUCAGCCGAUUCGGCACGGCAGUUCCCGCCAAGAAAGAGCUGAAAGGGUUUGGUCCUAUGGUGGAGGAGAAAUGGAGUCACCCAGGAAACUGCAGCCGAUCGGAUCUCCAUGAGUCACGAAUAGGGGCAGGUUUUGUCACCAACACACCUGUUUGAUUAUGGUGUGGCUUGUUUCAGUAGUGACCUGAAGCACCCGAUUGACAAGGAACUGUGACCCGACUUGUGAGUGGGCGCUUGCUUGCCCACGUGAACGAGAGCCAGGAUAGCUUCAGUACAAUUAUAUGGAGCCUGUCUUAAAGGUUUUGGGCCUAUGCUUCUCAACCAUGCUUAAUCUUCAAGGCAUUAUUGAUUCUUAUUUUUAUGAAUCAAAUCCUGGAAAAGAAAAAAAAAUGCUUGAAUGAAACAGUGUCGCAAUGUAAAGAAAAUGGUACAGACAUUAGCCUGUGGUAGGGCCUCUUAAUUUAUUGUGGUAUAAACGGAGCAGUGGGUGCUAAGUGUGUUGUGUGCCUAUAUCAAUCAUUACCAAAGGUUUAGAGUCCCACCAAGUUAGUUGACUUUUGGUUAUAUUUGUUCCUAUUAAAAAAUUGUAGCAAGGAAAGGACUCUGAAUUUACUAAAGGCUCACAUCCUCAUAAAAUCAUUUGCCAUGUUAGAAGACACACUUUGGGAGGAAGACAUCUGGGAAUAUAAAUCUAAACGAAAACCAAAACCAACACAUCCAAAUAAUUGUUCUCAAAAUAUCCCAGAAUCUGUUGGAAAAGCAACAGAUGGAAAAGACCACUCAACACGAAAAGGAAACGGAAGAACCACAGAUGAUAAAGACAACCGAAAGGGGCCCGGUGUGUGCUUUGAAGAAACGGGCUGUCCGAUUUCUGUAGGUGCCAGUCAGACUUCUAGUGCUGGAGAGGAGGCUCCGCAGUCUCAAAGCAAAGAGACUACUCCCAGAAAGAGCCGUAGAACGCACAAAAAGAAACAAGUGUCCCCAAGGGUACGCCCAGUUUACGAUGGGUACUGCCCAAACUGUCAGAUGCCCUUUUCCUCCUUGCUAGGUCAGACGCCCCAAUGGCAUGUUUUUGAGUGUUUGGAUUCUCCACCAAUCUCUGACACAGAGUGUCCCGAGGGUCUUCGGUGUACCUGCACAAUUCCUUCUCAUUAUAAGAAAUAUACUCACCUCCUGCUUGCUCAGAGUAGGGCUAGCAAUGAACCUUUCAGCAGCCCGACACAGGUGUCAGCUCCCCUCAGCAGCCCGACACACACGCCGGCUGGACAUUUUACUGCAGCAAAGCCAGACCCUUCCUGUAACCCCGAGGAAAAAUGGCCCGUGCAUCUGAACACGGAGAAUUUAAGGAAAGUUUUAGAGGAUUCUUCGUUGCUGGUACAAUGUCUAAAAACAUCCCAGCUUCCAGCCGAGACCUACAGAAAGAUUCCCCCUUCCACGGGCCCUCAGGUGUCCCUGGCUCCACAACGUGCAGGGUUUGUUAAGAAGGACCAGCUCGUGGGGGGUGGUUUGCCUCUUUCCGUGGAUGCAUUAACCGGUCAAAGCAGCUCCCAGAGCACGAGGGUGCCGUCGCCAGAGGACGACAGCAGCUGUGAGGUCUCUUACUCCCCGCUGCAGAGUGAUGUGGAGACUUCCGACUUGGAUGGAGAGCUGUCCUCUGCCCAGAGCAACAAGGACAGCCGCCUGGAAGAAGACGGCCCUGCCGUAGAAACGCUUCUUGAUCCUUUCCCGAAGGAGCGAGAGGCAGUCCGCCCGCCACCAGCGAAAAGCCUGCUGACUCAGGCUGAGUUCAGUGGCUUGUGUGAAGACAGUGCUGUAAGUGGUUCGUUUCAGCUUCCCUCCCGAGGUACCCCGCCACACACAGACACGGGCUUUCUCUUGUUUUCACCUGCAGUAACAGCGGGGCAUGCUGCUUCUGAUGAUCAAACCACUAAAGCAAAACCUGGUGAGCCACGCAAAUUUCACUCACUUGGAUCCAGCCAUCAGACACAGAAAAUCGAAACGUCAGCUGUUGGCAGUCAGGUCUCUCUGCCAUUCCGUGCAAGUGCCAUGUCAAAGCCGCCUGAAAAGGAGGGAGGAGAGCACCUGCCUUUGCAUCCCACCCAAAGUCAAAUAAGAGGGUUAGGGAGUAAGGGCUUGGGUGCUACCAUCGCUAACUCGGCCUGUACCUGCAGAAAGGGAGAAAAGCCUUCUAGUGCACCUCUCGCCAAAUCUUUGAGCACUUUGCCUUCCAGUCCCAAGUGCAAUGCCAGUCAACCUUCCAAGAAGGCAAUGAAGCAGAUGGACAUAGGUGUGUUUUUUGGAUUACCACCCAAAAAACAAGCAGAGCCGACCCCGAGGGCAAGUGCGGUAGGUGGUCCAAACGCCAGUCCAGGUGUGAGUCCUAACGACAAGAGGUGCCCGCCGCGCAAGAGGAAAGCAGAAAACUCCCUAAGUGACUUAGAAUUGGAUUCAGGGAAUUUAAAUGGGAGUCAGCACUCUACAGAACUGUCCCAAGAGAGAACACAACGUCAAAGGAAGAGACAUAAAAAGUCAAAUUCACCGCGGGAAGGAGCAUCUCAGAGGCCAGAAGUGGGGGCAGUCAGUUUAAACCAAAGCAAAGCCUUUGUAAGCCGGACUCUUGGCAGGCCGCAGAGAGGGAGUAGGGGCAUUUCAGAGUCGUCUGGUGCCAGGGAAGCGAGAAGAACCUGUCCGUUCUAUAAGAGAAUCCCCGGAACUGGCUUCACCGUGGACGCUUUCCAGUAUGGCGAGGUUGAAGGCUGCACCGCCUAUUUCCUCACGCAUUUCCAUUCCGAUCACUAUGCCGGCUUGUCUAAGGACUCCACAUUCCCAAUUUACUGUAGUGAGAUAACCGGCAACUUGUUGAAAAAGAAGCUCCGUGUGCAAGAGCAGUACGUCCAUCAGUUGCCGAUGGACACUGAGUGUGUAGUGGACGGUGUCAAGGUUGUUUUGCUGGAUGCCAAUCACUGUCCAGGUGCCACCAUGAUCCUUUUCCGUCUUCCCGAUGGCACUGUCAUACUGCACACGGGAGACUUCCGAGCCAACCCCAGCAUGGAGCGCUCUCUUCUCGCAGGCCACAAGGUCCACACGCUCUACUUAGACACCACAUACUGCAGCCCAGAAUUUACCUUCCCGUCCCAGCAGGAGGUUAUCCAGUUUGCCAUCAACACUGCCUUUGAGGCGGUAACUCUAAACCCACACGCUCUUGUUGUCUGUGGCACGUACUGCAUCGGAAAGGAGAAAGUCUUCCUAGCCGUUGCUGAUGUUUUGGGUUCAAAGGUGGGCAUGUCCCAAGAAAAAUAUAGGACUUUGCAGAGCCUCAAUAUACCAGAAGUCAGUUCCCUCAUAACUACAGACAUGUCCAGUUCUUCAGUUCACCUCCUCCCAAUGAUGCAAAUUAAUUUUAAGGGCUUACAGAGUCACCUGAAGAGGUGUGGUGGGAAAUACGACCAGAUUUUGGCUUUUCGACCUACAGGAUGGACACAUUCCAAUAACAUAACAAGCAUAGCGGAUAUCACUCCCCAGACGAAAGGGAAUAUAUCAAUAUAUGGAAUUCCCUAUAGCGAACACAGUAGUUACCUAGAAAUGAAACGUUUUGUCCAGUGGCUGAAACCACAGAAAAUCAUUCCCACUGUAAAUGUCGGCAGCUUUAAGUCCCGGAGUGCGAUGGAGAAGUGCUUUAAAGAGUGGAGACUGGAGGCUGGAUACUGAUGCUGUUGCAGAAAAGUCAGCAGGCGUUGGUGGUUAAGUCUAAGCCAACAGGAAAUGCAUCUUAUGAAAGCAAUCUCAGGACUGUGUUUCUCGCUCAUCUUUGAAUACUGUAUCCAUGCUACUGAAUCCUCUCAGAUUCUUCAGGGACAGCUGAGAGGGCGUCUUCCCCAUGCCUUUAAUUCUUCAUUCUUUCUCUGUGGAGGCAAUAGUAAUCUACAGCAACCUGAUGGGAGAAAACAGAAAAGAUUCAUGAUAAUGGGUACUAGACCAAAAGUAAUAUGAAAUAAAACUUUUAUAUGAUAUGCAUUCUUAAAUAAAAAUGAAUAUAGAUGUUA